CGACAAAGGCGCGUGCGAGUUUGUUCCUAAUAUGUUGGCAGGGCGGAUGGCGAUCCUCAGUAGCAUACACGACUGGCAACACUUGAAGAGCUAUAUCGUGAUGAGAGUCGUCAAGUUGGAUGGAUGGCCGAUGCAGUUGGCAUGGAUGCCCCCUCUGGUCGCCGCUGCGUGAGCUGCGCUCGCAGCAAAUUAUUUCGACCUGACUGCGCAAAAUCGCAGGAAUUUCAAGAUCACGUGAUGAGUCUGAAUCACGGAUGGCUCACCAUGCAGAAUGCCUCACAGCCCCUGCUCACUUCGAGAGCGUCAGUCGAACAGUCGAUGGUGCAAACCAGGAAGACAGCUUGGUUUGACAACCCUCGAGUAGAAUUGCUCUUCAUCAGCUGAGGCGUGGACUGCUGAGGACGAAGGGGAGCAAGCCAAAGGCCAAGGAUGAGCGCCUGAUGCCUGCAUGCUGAUGGGCGCGCUGUCAGUUGGCUCUUCGGCACGGGC